GACCUACUGCUGGAUAUGCCGGCCGCCCCUCACGAGACGCAAGUGAAACACGGCUGGAGUGCUGAGGACCGGUCGCUCAACAUCUUCGUCAAGGAUGACGACCCGACCACUUUCCACAGACACCCCGUCGCUCAGAGCACCGACUGUAUCCGCGGCAGAGUCGGUUACACCAGAGGAAUGCAUUUGUGGCAAAUCACGUGGUCUACCCGCCAGAGGGGCACACACGCCGUGGUCGGUGUGGCCACCAGUGAGGCCAAUCUGCACACAAACGGCUACCAGUCCCUCGUGGGCGCCAACACCGAGUCGUGGGGCUGGGAUUUGGGCCGAAAUAAGUUGUAUCACGACUUGAAGAAUAGUCCCGGAGUUACAUAUCCGUCGGUGCUGUCCAACGACGAGACGUUCGUAGUGCCCGACUCUUUCUAUGUGGUACUGGACAUGGAUGACGGCACCCUUGCCUUUGUGGUGGACGGACAGUAUUUAGGGGUCGCCUUUCGGGGCCUCCGCGGCAAGAAGUUGUACCCAAUCGUGAGCUCAGUGUGGGGUCACUGCGAGAUCACAAUGAAAUACAUCGGAGGACUCGAUCCGGAACCGCUACCACUAAAAGACAUUUGUAGACUAGUUAUCCGUCGAGAGGCAGGAAAGUCGAGAAUAUCGAAGUUGUCUGAAGAGCUGAAUCUUCCCAAAGCGAUCACCGAUUAUCUCCUCUAUCAAUGAAUGACUCGUUAUUACCUUGAUUAUCUUUAUAAAUAAGUGCCUCAUUAUUACCGAUACCAACAAACACUCAUUAUUUGCUAAUUAUUGCUAUGAUUACUGUAUUAUUAAUGGAAAACAAAUUCUUUAUUGCAUUCUCUC